AUGGCAGCCACCCAGGCAGCGUGCAUUUUCUGCAAGAUUGUCAAAGGUGACAUUCCGUCGUUCAAACUGUUCGAGUCCGACAAAGUCCUUGCAUUCCUCGAUAUUCAACCGUUGAGUAAAGGCCAUGCUCUCGUAAUCCCCAAACACCACGGCGCCAAGCUAACCGACAUACCGGACGACGCACUGACGGAGAUCCUGCCGGUGGUGAAGAAGCUCGCGGCCGCGAGCGGCGCCGUGGAUUACAACGUGCUGCAGAACAACGGGCGCAUCGCGCACCAGGAGGUCGACCACGUGCACUUCCACAUGAUCCCGAAGCCGAAUGAGACUGAGGGCUUGGGUGUCGGCUGGCCCGCGGGCAAAACUGACUUCGAUGCCCUCAAGAAGUUGCAUGAGGAUCUGAAGGCGAAGUUUUAG